UUUGUGCAGAGACAAAUACAUAGUUCGGAUAUUAUUCAAUAUUCGUUUUGUAAUAAUUAUCUGUGCAGUACGAUACAAGUGCUUGUACGAGUGGGGAAAUAUUUGAAGACUUUUCUCAUCGUUUUCCCUAGUAUAAACGCAGUGCAAAUUGCAGAAGUGUACGGGAUUAAAAAACCAGAGAAAUGGAGAUAGAUGAAUGUUCAGCUGGUGGGGAUAGUGGAGCAGAAGAAGAUGAAGAAGCAGCUUCGACACAUGGUUCUAAAACUGAUAGUAGCAGUAGUAGUAUAAGUGGUAGUAGUACAACAACAGAUAGCGAACAAGAUAGCGCAGAAGAUCAUGCCAUGAGCAGUAGUGAAAGCCAUAGUUCUGCAGAGGAAGAUGAAGAGGAAAAUGAAAAUGCAGAAUUCAUAGUAAACAUUGAGAACCCCGAUGCUUUGAGGUGGGAAACUUGCAUUGCUGCCAGUAUCAAAGUAAAACUACCGCAGGAUCUUUGUGAACAUUUUAGUAUCUUCAAGGAGAUGCUAGAUUAUCCACGUUUCUGGAAUGAGUGGCUUUCUGAAAGUCAACGAGAAACAUUGUACAAUCUUCUGCCUACUUUUCCAAAAGACUCCAAUAUAGAAGCACAAUUGGAUAAAUCGCUGCAAAUGUUGUUUAAUAGAGAAAACGACAGAUUUGGUGUAACAGCAUUAGACACGUUUCAUAAUCAUCUUUCUUCUGGUCAUUAUCGUCCCGAUAUUAAAAGAAUACGUGGUUUAGUUCGUAAAGCGCAAAAAAAAAGAUCGUUGUUUGAAGAACGGAAACGGUCAUAUGAAUUAGCAAGUCAGCUGCUAAAAUCGCGAGAAAGUUUAUUAUCAAAUGCAUAUAGACAAGGUUUCAAUCAACCAGUAAAUCGCGCAGUGUCUAAAUUUCAUUGGCGCAAAUCAAAACCAAUAAUGGUUGAAGAAAAGACUCAGUUGCGUUAUUUGGAGGAGCUAAACGCAGUUCGGACAGAACUUAGAACCAGCACAAGAUUGUCUGCUGAUACAACAUCUGAAAACGAAGAAAAUUAUCCUCAUUAUCAAAUGACUGGAGCUAAACAAAAGAGGAAACGGCGUUUUACUAUGAAUCUUCAAGGAUUGUCAGUUAAAGGCCUACAGCUCAGUCAUGAAGACGAUACAAUUCGACCUGUAUUUUCCACCUUGCAGCGAAUGGAAUACAGUUCUAGUAGAGCAUUGUUCGUACGUGAACAAACGGAAGAGACCUACCGAGCUAUGUUAAUUGCACAUAAAAAACGACGUGCCCGUCGUGACCUUCAUCCAGAAUUGAACACUCAAGGAAUUGCGCUUGCCGAUCUCACACAAAGAUCACAAAUUGGUCAGAAGCAGAAACUUACAAUUGGCAAUUCUAUGAAAGUUACAUCUGCUAAGAAGAAGAUUAAAUUGGAACAAAAUUCGUUAUGUCCGCCCGUACCAAAAUUGACAAAUUCCAAUUCUGUGAAACACGAAAGCGAUAACAGUGAUUACUCCCAUACAACGGACGACAAUAGACAACCUAAUAUCGUAGACAUAGAUUACAAUAAAAUGACAACACCUAUUAAAUCGGAACCUAUUGAGGCAUAUGAAGCAUUUCAAGUAACCAAAAAGAAAAUCAGCCCAGUAACUCAAAAGGGUAUCAAACCAACAGUAGCCAAUUUACCAGAGAUAAAAAAAGAAGUCGAAGAUAUAGAAUAUAACAAAGUUAAAACCGAAUUAAGUUUGGGCGUAAGCGAAGAUGUACUGGCUGAAACUGAAGAAGAAGAGGAAAAUGAAUCGAAAAAAGAGCUUGACUUAGACAGUAUUGAUAUGAUGCAAUUACCAAUUCAACUUGAUGAUGGAAUUGAUAUACUUGACGAUGUUAAGUGCGAAGAUGAAAGAGUUAUAUCAAUACCAGAAACGAAAAUGAUUGUAUCAUCCAGUGAAGAUAUAAAUGUUAACAACGGGACGGAAUUGAUGCAAGAGACGCACACAUGUUUUUUCUCUCUGCUGAGAGACGCUUUUACUUCUAAGGGAGAGUACCGAAUGAGUGCGACAGAAAUGAAGGACGCAAUAAUGCAAUGGCAAAGCAAUCCUAUUUCACCUUUGAAUGACUGGUAUUCUUUGGUACCUUCAUGGCCUACUUUAGUACCAUUAGCUCUCGGAUUUCUUGCUGGCGAAUUAAUAUAUUCUCAAGAUUUAGAUCAGCGACAAGAACAAGAUCAGGAACUCGUACCUUAUCUGGAAAAUAAGGGUCAAGGCAUAUAUGCAUGGAUUGGUGCUGGGAGAGACUCUGAUGCCCGAUUACAGGACUUGUGUACAAAAUUUCUUAUGUAUAAAGACAUGUUGACACCACCAUAUACUCAAACUAUUAGUACUGUGAUAUCUACAAAAUCGCAGCAGUCUCAACUAUCUUCUAAUAAUAACAAUAUGAGCAAUAACACAAUCGUUACAAGUGGAAUUCUGCAAAGUGGUAGAAGCGGAAGUCCCGCACUAGAAUCUACCAAUAUGGAUACUAGUUCCACUGGUACUGACUGGGAACCACCUCGGCCGCUAUUUCCUACAGAAUGGAAAGUUCGUCCGUCCACAAUAGAGGAACGUGAGGAAUUCCGAAGACAGGAGCGUAUGCGUUAUACUGCACCUCAUAAGGCGUUUACUUAUCGCAUGCACGGUUACGCGUCCGUAGUCGGUCCUGUCAAAGGAAUUUAUCAGCAUAAUGUUGCUUCAGGACAAGCUAAAGCACGAGGACAUUCGUUGUUGGUGCCGGAUCGUCCAAACUUUGUAACAAUUUUAGCGUUAGUUAGAGAUGCUACUGCUCGACUUCCUAAUGGUGAAGGGACUCGAGCUGACAUUUGUCAAUUAUUAAAAGAUUCGCAAUAUAUCAUAGAACAAGAUAAUGACGAAAAGGAGGGAUAUCUCCAUUCUGUGGUAUCAGGAGCGCUUGAUAGGUUACAUUACGAGGCAGAUCCUUGUGUUAGAUAUUAUCCUCGUCGGAAGGAAUGGCUUUAUCUUCAUCGAGGACGAUCUGAAUCUGAAUUUGAAAUGGUUCAUCAACAAUUACAAGGUAUUGCAAAGAAUAAGAAAAACGUUGGUAAUACAUCACGAAAUAAAGUAGUACAACCAACUCUCAAAUCAGCCAAUAUAAAUAAGGAACAAUCUUCAAAUACUAAGGAAGUUAUUGUCAAAAAAGAAAGGCGAAUGACAACUAUACCUACGCAACCUGUUAUUCCCAAGAAAGAGCAGCAUAAAACCGAAGAGAAAAGUGUCUCUGACCAUCCUGUUUGUACUGAACAUUCCGUUAAUACUAUUAAUACUAAUGUAGAACUAGCAGUUAGCACAAUAACGUCAGCAAUUUCUACCGUUGAAACUCCUGUUUCUGUUGCAUCGAUUGUAACUUCUUCGGCUACUAUCACAAAUGUAGUAAGCACAGAACGAGAUAACAUUGCAAUGGACACAAAAUCACAACUUGCUCCAAUAACGAUGGUAAAGAAAGCAUCUACUAUUGGAGGAAAAUCAAUCGCUGUACUCAAAACAAAUGCCGCUCAAAGUCUAUUACAAUCGAAUCAACAUAAUUAUUCGCAUCACCAAAUUCAAGUAUCGACAUCUGCUGGUCUGCAAACUAUUCGUCUGUCUGGACACUCUGUGUUGCAAUCUGCACAGCAAUCUGCUUCAAUUAGUAAUAAUUCUAACGUAGUAAACGGAAAUACUACAAAUUUAACGACGAUACUACCAUCUACAAAAGCACAAAAUCAGCAGCAACAGCAAUCAACUAUAGUAACAAGUCAAGCAGGGAAAAGUAUUUUACAAGCUACCAAUAUAAAACAACAACAAUCACAACAACAGCAACAACAACAACAUGUAUUACCAGGCAAAACUCUUUUGGCAUCACAGAUUAAAUUAGUUAGUUCGAGUCAAAUUAAAUCAUUACUCACGAGCCAUGGUCUUCAAGGUCAAACUAUAUUUAUCAAACAAUCCUCACCGUCGAAUACUCAAUCUCAACAGCAACAAUUACAGCAACAACAACAACUGAAGCAACAACAACUCCAACAACGAGUCACAGCUAACCAACAGCAAUCUAUACAACAAACUCCAGGAAUGCAACGCAUAAUUGCACAAAUCGGAGGAAAACCAAUUGCUGUGCAAAUACAACAAUCACCUCAUCAUCAGCAACAGCAGCAACAGCAACAGCAGCAGCAGCAACAACAACAACAACAACAACAAAAGAUACUUGCAAAAGUUUUAACAAAUAAUAGUGGGGGACAAAUAAUCUCUGUUGAAAGUCUACUAGCACAAAAAGGAUUAAAAUUGGCUACUACUACUACUACUGGUCACACUAAUCAACUUAAUAGGCAGGGUAAGCAGGUCAUACAGGCUCAGUACCAAGUGGUGCCACAAGCGCAAGCAUCUUCUAGUCAAUCAAAAAUAAUAGCAGUCAGCACACAACACCAACAAUCUCAGCCUCAACAGGCUCAAACUGUUCGAAUGGUUACCGCUCAGCUUGCGGGAAAACCUAUUGUAUUAGCAAGCAGUAAUAAAAACGUUGGAGUUGCAGUAAGCACCAGUGGUGGGAACGUAGUAUUAGGCAAGCAGCCCACCUCUCAGCAACAGCACCAACAACAAACGCAGCAACCAAUUAUUUUGCCGAGUCAACUACUUAACAUCAAAACAUUACAUGGACUCAAAGUGAUUCCCACUCCUACCGGAUUAAAAACCGCAGGUGGUGCCGUAUACGCUCGAGUUAUCGCCCCUACAACGAUUGCCUCUACGCAGGCUGGAUCAAAUCAACAGCAGACUCUUUAAACACAAAAACCAAGAAAUACUUCGUACAGCACACCUUAACAGAAUUAAUAUUAUUUACAUAUAUUUAUACUUAAUUUGCUUGGCACUGUUUCUUUUAUACACGCACACACGCGCGCGCAUGCGUACACAUCUACACAUAUCUAGUGCUUUCCAAUUGUGAAAUCAUUAGACCCUUUCGUGCACAUGGUAAG